ACCUGAAUCCCACAGCAAUUGAAGCUAUCUUCAUUUCAUUACAAGAUGACAUCCACAGCCCAUGUUGGGUCCAAUCUUAAUGCUGUAGAUAAACUCAUGUCCAAUGGCCACAAUCAUCUCCAUGUUCAGGAUAAGUACGUCUUUCCUCCGGGUGAACGUCCCGACAUGUCCCAGGUCUGUCAUUCAUAUACAUUUCCAGUUAUAGACCUCAAAGAUUUUGAUGGGCCUCAUAGAAUAAAUGUAGUCGAUCAGAUCAGGCGGGCUUGUGAGGAGGAUGGCUUCUUCCAGAUCAUUAAGCAUGGAGUGCCAGAGACUCUGAUGAAAAGCAUGAUGGACAUUGCCAAAGAGUUUUUUGAAAUGCCUGUAGAAGACAGGUUUUGUUUCUAUUCAGAGAAUCCACAACAGGAUGCCAGGGUUUCUACAAGCUUUAAUGUCAACAAAGAUGAAUUCUUUGAGUGGAAGGAUUAUCUAAGACACCCCUGUCAUCCGCUGGAGGAAUUUAUUAAUACAUGGCCUCAAAAGCCUGCACUUUACAGAGAGGUUGCAGAGAAGUAUAGCAAGGAGAUAAGAGUAUUGGUUCUAAGGCUUCUAGCUGCAAUUUCGGAAGCUCUUGAACAAGAUUCUGAUUAUUUAAACGCAAUCUUUGGAAAGCAUAGCCAGACACUGCACGUAAAUUACUAUCCUGCAUGCCCAAAUCCAGAUCUUACCUUUGGCGUAGCACCUCAUUCAGAUACACGUGGCAUUACUGUUCUGAUGCAAGGAGAUGUGAGUGGCCUGCAAGUGCUAAAAGAUGAGAAAUGGGUUGCAGUAGAACCAAUACCCAAUGCCUUUGUGGUGAAUGUGGCUGAUCAAAUUCAGGUUGUAAGCAAUGGAAGAUUCAAAAGCGUCAUGCACAGGGCAAUAACCAAUACAUCCACUGCACGCAUAUCUAUUCCCACCUUCUAUGGGCCUUCAUUGGAUACGUUCAUUGCUCCUGCAGCAUCCAUUGUGGAUAAGGAGCAUCCGGCUCUAUACAGAGGAUAUAAAUUUGAAGAAUACAUGAGAGCAUCCUGGAGCAAAGGUGUGAAGGUCAGGAGCAUUUUGGAUCGUUUCAAAAUCGAAAUCAGUCCGUGAUUGAAA